UAAACACAGCUCCACAUCAUAAAGAAGAUACCAAAUUUUUUCCUUGCUUUAAUGAUUCUUAUUAUACUCCACCGAUUAAGGGACUUAAUGUAAUAAUAGUACCUGACCCUCUUGUUGCUGGAAAAGAUGCGAAAUUUAAUGUUUCUGGAAAAUUAGCAUAUGAUAUUGUACCAGGAACAUUUCUUGAGAUUAAAUUUGAAGCAUCGUCAACAAAUCAAACUAUAAGUACUUUUACUCAAUUUUUUAAUGGAUCCUAUCCAGCCGCCAACACCUCAUUUUUGAUAGAAGCACCAAAUGUUCCUGUUUCUAGUAAUUUAACUAGAGGAGAUAAGAUUAAUGUUAUGUUAUUUGUUAAACAAAUAGAAAUUAACUAA